AUGGAUCACAAAGAAGUACAGGAUGUUGAACUAUCUUCUUCCUCUCUGUCUCCAGUGCAGAAGCAUCGUACAAUUCAGCUUGUGCUCGUCCCUCACCCUACAGCCCAUCCACGGGAUCCUCUGAAUUGGAAAUUGAGUCGCAAAUAUCUAAUCCUAGCCGUACUAUGCCUCGCAUCCUUCUCCGGUGCAAUCGCGCCUUUAUCAGGACAGCUCAACCUAGCUGACCAGGAAAGACUCUAUCACAAAACAAAGCUAGAGGAAUCCUACGCAAAUUCAGCCGCCCUAGCGGGCAUGGCCGCUGGCCCAUUCUUCUUCGCGCCAGUAUCUCACAUGCUCGGUCGCAGUUCUGUGAUUUUCUGGUGUGUACUGUUCACACUAGUAUGUCAAAUCUGGGGCGCCGUCAUGACCGACCCUAAUGACUAUAUCGCAUACGUGAUCUCCCGGCUAUUCGCCGGUUUCUUCGGUGCUGUACCGACAGUGCUAGGCCCACGUAUUCUGACCGACUUGUUUUUCUUGCAUCAGCGUGGUCGUGCAUUCACUGUUCUGCAUAUGGCAUUUCUGUUUGGCACGAUUGCUGGUCCAACAUUUUCGGGAUUUGUCUCUGCACACUCGUUCUUUCCAGUCGAGUUCUGGUGGACAGUCGGUCUCUUGGGAUUUACGCUCAUCUGUUGUUUCUGUUUUCUCGAGGAAACUGGGUUUGAUCGUGAACACACUGAUAGGAAUCCGGAUAUCCCAAAUGGAAUUAUGGCUAAUAGGUUCGCCACUUUCUUCUUCGGUCAGGGGGUGGUCUUGCCGACUACCUGGAAGGAAACGGCCAAAGUUGGAAUCACACCGUUUAUGAUCGGCAUGUGUCCGGUGACAUUGAUCAUGGGCAUAUUCACCCUAAUAUCCUUUGGAUUUUACGUCGGCGUCAAUGCGCUCACGCCGGUGUGGCUCCAGAAACCGGUUUCAGAAGGCGGCUAUGGAUUCUCACUUGAGCAAAAUGCGGCAUUCACAUUUUGCCAUUGGAUCGGUAUCAUCGUAGUGCAGCUCUACGGUCACUAUCUGAAUGAUCGGCUACCACUUGCAUUGGCACGGCGGUACAAUGGCGGCGUUUGGAAGCCUGAAUAUCGACUGCAUGUGCUGUGGCUUCCCAGUCUUGUGAUCAACCCAAUUGGCCUGGGUAUCUUUGGAGCUGCUUUGCAGUAUCAUCUGCACUAUAUGGUACUGGCGCUUGCUGUUUUUAUCGUGACUGUCGGGUCACUGGCUAGCGUUCCUGUCACCGUGAACUACGUCGUUGAGUGCUUCACGCGAUAUCCGGCUGAGGCGGGUAUUGUUAUUGGUGCUUAUCGGAUUAUCUACGGUUUGACUAUUAGCUUCUAUAUUAAUCCUUGGGUUGAGGCUGUUGAUGUGGGGUGGGUUUAUGGCAUGAUGGCCUUCUUUGCGGUGUUCUCGUUCAUGUUUGUCAUGUUGCUGAUGUGGAAAGGACAUGCUAUCCGCAAGAUUCAAUUUGCGAGUCUCGGUUCUAGCGAGGAGGGUGAGCGGUUAGUAGGGGCAUAG